AGCCCACAUGACACGCCAGAUUGACGGAUAGUUCACCACAUUUGCACCACACUGGUCGACCAGAUAUAAGGCAAGCCUCGAUUCAUGGUGCUUUUGUAUACUCUACAACGAUUCGAUCUUCACAAUUGGGGCCGAGACAAAGGAUUCCUCCCAGUUCACGUUCAGGGGAAGCGAUACCACACAUUUAAAAUCAAGGAUGAAAAACUUGGAGAGGUGGAUCUGCUGCUUCACACCAGUCACGACGAAAGAGUGACGCACUACGGAUUGCAAGGACGGGCCACCAAUGUGGUUCCUGUCACCAGCGAAACGCUCACGAAGAAAUACGGUAACUUUCAGGAUGGGAUGGUCAAGAUUUUUUUUGGGAGAGGCGAAUCGCACCAGCGAGCCGGACAUCUUGUACAAGGUUAAAGAGAUCGCUGAGGCGCACGAUACCGUCAAAGACCAUGUUCCCCAGCUGCUCUGGCACCACAAGUUCAUGAAUCCCACGUCCGCCGUUCAAGAAGCGCUCGGCGUUCCUGAACCCACUACGGGAGGUUGCGUGCUCUAUAUUCUUGUAUCCCGCAAGCUCCUCCCCAUCACGAAGCUUCAGGGAAAAGAGCUUUUUGAUGUCUGGCGUCACAUGCAGGCCACCUUACUCUUUGGAAGGAAGGGGUCCCACCAUCGAGAUGUCAGCCCUGGAAAUCUGAUGUGGUACUGGAAAGACAGCAAACGGAUAGGCAUUCUAAACGACUACGAUCUAUCCUCAUUGGCGGAUGACCCAGGUCCUCGGGGCAACGAACGCACAGGCACGGUGCCGUUCAUGGCACUCGAUCUUCUCACCAAAGAGGGUCAACUAGGUGAAGUCAAACACCUAUAUCGUCAUGAUCUGGAGUCGUUCAUGUGGUGCUUCGCCUGGAUUUCCUUGCAUUACGAGAAUGGAGUCCUUCUACCACGGAGAUUGCGCCCAUUGGACGAGUGGGCAACCUUGAGUGCUGUGGCAUGCGGCAAGAAAAAAUUAUUCUUUCUCAAUAAUAUGACGGCUUCCGCACCCUCCGAAUCGGACAUAGACGGAGUCACAUGGGAUUUCCUCGUGGACUCUUUUUUGGUGCUUAAAAGAGAUGCCGACGAGCUAUACUAUCUUCGCCUUAAACGGUCGUCGAGCUCAGGAGAAGGCCAGCAGCCCAACGCCCAGGACCCAGAUCUCGAUGCCGUUCUAUCUAAAUUUACAGGUUCAGAGGGUUGGGCUAAGCUCAGCACACUUGAGUGA